AGCAUAAGUUCCGUUAAUUAUCUCUCUGUACCAAGUCUUCAAUUGCACCUUCUUUAUCUAAGCAGAAAGAAAUACCUUCAACGCUGCUACUCCACGGGCGCUUUCAGCUCACAUGCGGCUCUCAGCUUGCUCGGGUCUCCAAUGGGUUGUUCUUCCCAGCAUCUUCAGAUCGUACCUCAGCUGUCAUUUCUGUUUUCUAGCGUCCGUCUUACAGCGAUCCGAAUUCUCCUUUUCGCGUGUCGCAUACUUCCAACCAGUCGACGGCUUUUCAGGUCUUCAUGUUUGCGCCACUCGCAUGUGUUUGCCCCAACACUCAACUCUCUCGUGACUUCUACGCAUUGUUUCGUAGUCAUCAUCUGUCCCCGUUAUCCCCAUGCCUCAGACAGUUUCUGGGCAUACUUGAACGGUAUUGAUGCUCCUACAUUGGCAGUGGCGAUCGGAGAGCGGAAGGGUCACCGCGACAUUGUGGGCUGUGCAUCUAGCCCGAACUGCAAGCUCGACUGAUCCUUCAUACGUAGAACUCGUUUCGAUAUUCAACGGAGAUUCUCCUCGAAAUUUCUUCUCUCUUCUAUCGCCUUCGUCGCCUCCGACUACUCCAAGGGGCACGAAUAUCCCAGGGGCGUGGCCCGUGCGCCCGCAUCGCGAAUUCAAAUGCAGCUCGCCACGGUGGCAACACUUGAUAUCCCGUAGAUGUCAAUUCC